UUCCUACAGAUGAAAUAUAAAAAGAAAAUAGCAGAAGGCAAUGUUUCCACGGUGAUGCAAUUUGUACUCCUGGGAUUUUCUGACUUUCAAAAUCUCCAAAAGUUUCUCUUUGGAGUUUUCUUCAUGGUUUACAUAAUUAUUAUAGUUGGAAAUAGCCUUAUAGUAAUAAUAACCAGGCUUGACCCUGUACUACAGAAACCCAUGUAUUUUUUCCUGGCAAAUUUUUCUUCUUUGGAGAUCUGUUAUGUGUCUGUCAUUCUCCCCAGGAUUCUGGUGAGCCUUUGGACUCAGGAUAGAAGCAUAUCUGUGCUGAAUUGUGCAACCCAAAUGUGCUUCUUCCUUGUACUGGGAACUGCUGAAUGUUUCCUCCUGGCUGUGAUGUCCUAUGACUGCUACAUGGCCAUUUGUAACCCUUUGCAUUACCCUCUAGUCAUGAACCAAAAGAUGUGCAUCCAGCUGGCAGCUGGCUCCUGGGUUGGUUCAAUCCCUGUGCAGAUAGGGCAAACAUGUCAAAUUUUCUCUCUGCAUUUCUGUGACUCUAACCAAAUUAACCACUUCUUCUGUGACAUCCCUCCUAUUCUCAGGCUGGCCUGUGGGGACACUUCUGCACAUGAAGUAUCUGUCUAUUUAGUAGCUAUGUUGUUUGUUGCAUCCCCUUUUAUGUUGACACUUACUUCCUACAGCAAAAUCAUAUCCACCAUUCUGAGGUUGCCAACAGCCCAAGGACAGUCCAAAGCCUUCUCCACAUGUUCUUCUCACCUGCUGGUUGUUGUUUUAUUCCUUGGAUCUGCUACCAUCACCUAUUUAAGGCCCAAAUCCAAUCAUUCUGCAGGAACUGACAAACUGCUCUCUCUUUUCUACACCAUAGUGACUCCAAUGUUUAAUCCCAUGAUAUACAGUCUUAGGAACAAGGAUGUUAUAGAAGCACUAAGAAAAUUAUUACUUAAAAAAUAG